AUGUGUCAUGCCCGCCAAAAAUUGCUGCGGGUGGUUCCUUGUCGAUUUUUCGGUUUUGCUUCUGCGCUUAUUAUUAUUAUUUUUAUUAUUUUUCUUUUCUCCUCAUUCACAGGCAUUUGUGGUGGUGAUUCUGGCGAUUUUGAGUACAAUAAGAAGCCACACAUGACUCUGCGUACACGUUUUGAGAGCUCUGAUGACGUUGGCGUGUUUUCACGCCUGACGAACGCCUACUGCCUUGUGACCGCGGGCGGCUCACAGAACUUCUACUCCGUUUUUGAGCAGGAGCUGGCGAACCACAUUCCGGUGGUGUACACGUCCAUUGGUGGAUCUCGCGUGAUUGGACGCCUCACAUGUGGCAACCGCCACGGACUUGUGGUGCCUUCGAUUGCGACCGACCAGGAGCUGCAGCACCUGCGCAACUCACUCCCGGACUCUGUGAAGGUGCAGCGCGUAGAAGAACGCCUUAAUGCACUUGGGAAUUGCGUCGUGUGCAACGAUCACGUGGCACUGAUCCACACAGACCUGAGUCGGGAGACAGAGGAGAUUUUGCGUGACACUCUGCAGGUACAAACGUUUCGCACCUCCAUCGCUGAAAAUGCCUUAGUCGGUAGUUACGCCGUGGUUAACAACAAGGGUUGCAUGGUGCAUCCCAAGACCCCGGCACAGGAUAUGGACGAGAUCGCCUCCCUUCUGCAGGUCCCUGUAGUGGCCGGUACGAUCAACCGGGGCAAUGCCGCCAUUGGCUCCGGUCUUGUCGUAAACGACUGGGCAGCGUUCUGUGGUUUGAACACAACCGCCACAGAAAUUACUGUAGUUGAGCGCAUCUUCCAGUUGCGCAGGGAUCUUGGUGGGGACGAGCCAAACCUGCUGCAGCAGUUACGGGACACCCUCGUGGAUGAGUUGGCGUAG